AACACACACCAAAGCAGUAAAAAUAAUCGAUUAUUUUUAUCAAACUAAUGAACGGUUUUAAUUUUGAGUAAAUUUUCGAGAUUCUCUCGAUUACUAAUAAUUCGAUUAUCGAAAUCAUUCGAUUAUGCCCAUCGCCAGUAGAAAUAUUGAAUUUUCCAUAGCGUUGGCGUAGCUGCUAAAUCAUUCAAUUGUAAAUCGUAAUUUAAAUAACUCUAAAUAAGUUAAGAUGAAUAAGAUUGAAAUAGUUCGUUAACGUGCGUUGCUUUUGUGUGAAUGCGUCAAGGAAAACCAUACUGUGCAUCAAUAAAUUUAUUUUUAAAGUUAUUUGUCACUAUAAUGUGUUGGAAGAUCUAAAAAGUUUUUAUUUGUUUACAAGUUAUUAUAUUAUACGUAUUAACGUUUUUGUAACUUUUUCAUCGAUAAUGAAUCAAUCUACAACAAAAAAAAGUAUCAGUUUAGAAAAACAGUUAAACUACCCUAUUUUAUUUGAUAAAAUAAUUGAAAUUCAUAAAUGUGGUAAUUUUUCAUCAACUUUAUUGGAUUCUAUCACUUUGUGGGACUCUACAAUUGAUAAUCAGUUUAAGAAGAUAAAUUCAUUUGAAUGCACUAUAUGCUCUUUAUAUACUAAAGAGUUUAAUGUAUGGAAAGUCCAUAUCAUGUCAGUUUCACAUGUUUCAAAAUGUCAAAAUUUUGAAGACCUCUAUUCUCAUCCUUGUCCUAAUGCUAAAUGUCGUAAGCUUAUUUAUGGUGAUAUGAACAAUAUCAAGAAACAUAUUUUUGAAACCCAUAAUAAUUGUAGUUCUAUUAAUUAUGUAUCAAUGUUAAUGUCUGAAAAUAUAAAAAAUAAUUUUCCAAUAGAAGAUAAGCCCUUACAUUAUUGCAGUCACUGUAAAAAGUAUGAUUAUAAUUCUAUACAUUCAUCUAAUAAUUUACCAUCAUCUAUAAAAAGAGUGUUACAAUAUUACUGUAAUUAUUGUAAAAUUAAAUUUAUAUGCUGUCCUGAAGCUUUAGAUAUCCAUUCAGUAAGUGUUGAACAUAUGCAACUAAAAUGUUAUUAUUAUGCAACUAAAAGGACUAAAAAUGAAUCUAAUUCAGAUAUUGAAUUAAUAGAAAAUAAUGAGUAUCUAAAAUGUAACAUUCAAAAUGCUUUAUGUAGUGACUUAGAAUAUAACAAAUGGCUUAAUGAACUAAAACUUCCAAAAAUAGUUUUAAAACGAUUUAAUUUUGAAACUCAAUCAUUAGCUUAUUGUAAUUUAUGUAAGCAACCAGUUACUAUGGAAACUAAAAAAAUCAUGAGUCACAUAAACAUAUGUGAAUACAAGUUUGAUUUAUCUGGUUUUAACAAAACCCCUAUUAAACAAUUUAUUUGUGAAAUUUGUACUUUUAAUACCAAUAAUUUCAAUAAUUUUAAAAGUCAUGCUGUUACACUACAACACUUAACUAAUUGCUGCACAGCUGAAGAUUUAUAUUCUCACUUUUGUUUUACAUGUAACUCUUUCAUUUAUGGGAAAAAACUUCAUAUUGAAGUUCAUUUUCAAACUGAACACGAACAAAACUUAUCUCUUGCUUUUCCUGAGUUAACUGAAUAUAUGUCAAAAUUGUUCAAAAAUAGAAAUGAGUGUAAUAAUGAAAUGACAGACUACUGUGAUCUUAAACCUGAAUGUGUUCCUUUGUAUUGUCAUGCUUGUAAAAUGAGUUUUUUUUCAUCUGAAAUAAUUUAUAAUUUACACGAAAUUACGGUUGAACACAUUAUAUUAAAGUAUAUGACACCAAAAAACUUAAUGAUCGAAAAUCAGUCAAUUGUCUUAAAAAAUAAUGAAUUAGAUAUCACCAAUAACACCUUAAAUGAAUCUAUUGAAUUGAUAUCCGACACAGAUGAACUGUUAAGAGAAAAUCAAUCGAUUUCUAAUAGUGAUUCAUUGGAUUGUGAAAAAAAAGAAAAAAUUGAUCCAGAAAAAAAAUCAUUAUUUUCAUAUUGUUCCUUAUGUUGUACAUAUUAUAAAAAUCAAAUUGAGAAUCACAAUCAUUCAGCUGAACAUAGAGUUCUAUUAGAAUUUAUAGAAUCAUUAAGGCCAUCAAAAGAUACCUUAAUUUAUCAAAUAUUUUUUUCAAAUAUUUUUGAUCAUAAAUCAACUAUAUCAGAUGGAGAAAAAAUGAUUGAUUUAAAUAGCAUUAAAAAUCUACUCAUCAAUAUUUGCAAUGGAAGUAAAAAAUGUAUUGGAAUUAUUGAUUACAUCGAAAAACUAAGGCUUAAAAGUAUAUCUGAAGAAAAUAAUUGCUCUACUCAUAACACCAUUAAUGAUUUGACAUCUAAUAUGCAUGAUAUAGAACUAGAUGAUAGUACACAACAAAAUGAAUUAUCUGAUAAGCAUAAUAAAGUAACAAAUGCUUCCACGAAUACUGACAGAUUUAAUAUGGAGUAUUAUGAGAAUUUAGAAUACAAUUUGAAUGUUAAAAAAAGGAAACUUGAACAUUCUCAAGCUAUUUUAGAGGAUAAAAGAAUUGCAACAGUAUGUGAACCUUUAAUAAAAUCCACAUAUACUCAAUGUUAUAAGACUUCAAGAGUAUCAGAUCAAGAUUUUAUGUAUGGGCAAUAUGUUACUGAAAGGCUUAAAUAUAUACAGCCUAUUUCAUUAAAAAAAGAAAUUAAACUCGAAAUUGACAGAGUGUUUUUCUCAAAAAUGACACAAUCUUUCAAUGAAACUUAAAUUAUUCAAGUUUUAUAAAAUGAUUGUCUCUUUUAUUUGACUACUUUUUCUUUAUGAAGAAAGCUAUAAUUUAUUCAAUAUUUAAAUUUUUUAAGUUCUUAUUUCUUAUAUUAAGUUUUAUUUAAGUUAUACUCCCUUGAAACUCUUGCCCAAAUAAAUUUUAUAACAUGUUAUUAACUUCAAAAUUAAAUAAAGCAUAUUUAAUUAAUAUCUUAAUUUUUAAUGUAAUUAAUAAAGUGUAUUUGAACUUUGUAUGUUUAUAUUAUGAACUUUCUAAAAAAUAAUUUAUCAUUUUAAAUUAAUACUUGUAUACAGUUGUUUAAAUAAUAACCAUCAGGUUUUUAUAGAUUAAUAAUUUUAUUAAAUAUUAGAAUAAAACUAAGUAUACACAGUGA